GGGAACUUGACAGUUCCUUGUCAGAUCAACGCAAUCAGUCAGUCAGUCACUCAGUCUCUGUCCCUGCGCCUCUCUCUGUCUCUGUACGCACCACCUCGGUCUCGGUCUCGACCGCCGAUCCGCUCCCUGCUGCCAUCCCGCUUCCGCCUCCUGAAGCCGUCCCUCUCUCGCCUGUCCCUCUCCGUCUCCCUGUCCCUCCCCCUGUCGAAUGCACGGCGGUCGUCUCUCCUGUCGCCCCUCUCCCUGUCCCUCUCCCUCUCCCUGUCGUUGUAGCGCCCGCUGUCCCUCUCCCUGUUCCUUUCAUCGUCAUCAGACCCCCCACCCCUCUCCCUCCUGUCAUCAUAAUCACGUUCCCGCCUCCUGUCGUCCCUGACGGAAGACGCCAAACCAACAUGGGCAUGGGCGGGAGGGAGGGAGGGUUGUCUGUGCGUGUCGUGUGUAUGGGUGCCUGUCUGCCUGUCUGCCUGUCUGUCUUACCGGUGGUUUCUGUCACGGUCUCUCUCCCUGUCUAUGUCGUCGACUCGCCGUCGCUUUGACCUGUCGUCAUCCUCAUCAUACCUGCGGGAGCCGGAAUCACAUGCACAUGGAGUGUUGGAGGGAUGGGUGAGAGUGCAUCAGUUGGUUUGGGUCACCUGUCGUCGCGUGGGCGCCUGUCUCGUCGCCUGUCAUCGUCUCUCUCGUCGCCUCGCCUGGCGUCUUCAUCGUCAUCGUCGAUUCGCUGCCUCAAUGCGGGCUUGGUGGUCCCCUUCCUCUCGCGCCAUGCUGGCGAUGCGCCUCUGCCCUGGUCCUGGUGGUGGUCUUCUCUCUCCCCCUCCUCCGCCUCUUCCUGCUUGAUGCGUCGGUUGGCCUUCCUGUCGUCCUUGUCUUUCUUGUCCCUCUUAUCCUUCUUGUCUUUGGGCUCCUUCUUGACCUUAUCCUUCUUGUCCUUCUUCUCCUUCUUCUCCUUCUUGAGCUUCUUCUUGAGCUGCCGGUCGGUGAGUGCCGAGAGGCCCUCAUCCAUGUCGUCAUCCUGGUGCAGCUGCUUCUCAAACUGCAUCGCCCACUGAGGAACGGAAAGGAGAGAGAGGGAAGUGCGUGUGCGUCCGUAUGUGCGUAUGGUGUGUGGAUGGCUACCAGUUCGUCUUCAUCUUUGAAGGGCGUUGGUGCUGGCUCCUUGGCCGCUGCCUCAGCCUUGGCCGCUGCCUGAUCCUGCAGGAUCUUCUCGAUCUCCGUCACGCCAUACUGACCGAUACCCUUGCCUGCAUACAAACAAACAAGACGACAGACAGACAGACAGGCAGACAGCAUGGAUGUGUGGGUGGGCAGCUUGGUAUCCUGUGUGAGUGGCUGACCUUCGGCGCCCGACGCCUCGUACUUGAGCCGUUUUGGGUUGCCCUCCUCGUCCAAGUCGUUCUCGUCAUACUUAUCAGGGGCACGAUAGCUGGACACAUGGUCGACGCGAAGCUUCCUGCACGCCACACACAGAGAGCAUCAAACCAAGGCCCCACUUGACAGCUGGGAGAGCGUCUGCGCGUGACCUGUGCAACAGCUCCAUGCCAUUGCCGUUGUCGACCGCCAGCACAGUGCUCCGCUGGUCCUCGUAGGCCAGGAAGGCGAACCCCUUGCUCUUGCCCGUCUUCUUGUCGCGCACAAGGUUGAUGUCUAUCGGCUGACACACACACAGACAGAUGGACAGACAGACAGGCCAUUAUGAGACAACACAUGUGUUCGCAUGACUGGCAAAGCUUGUGAGUGGUCAGUUCAGUCAGUCGGUCGCUCACCUCUCCCCACUGCGAGAAGACCAUGACAACGUCGCCCUCAGUAAGACCAUAGUCCAACCCGCCUAUGAAGACAUACGAGCUGUUUUUGUACUGCACACACACGCACAGAGCGGAUGCAGAGGGGGAGAGAUAGCGCGGAUCUUGGGUCCGUCCGCCCACCUUGUGAUGCCACGAAGCUUCUCCCUCGAGGCCGAAGCUCAGCUCCUGUUCAUUGAGUUUCUUGAGCGCGUUUAUGUUAUACAUUGGACCACUCAUCUUUGC